AUGGCUCGUGGAGAAGAAACCACGUCAACAAAGACUGAAAAGGGGAGCACUGCUCCAAAGGCUCAAUCCUUGGAAAAGGAGGAAGCGCCUAAGGAAUCGACGGAAAUCACGGUUCCAGAAGCACCCAGGCGCACAAGGGUGCCAGACGCUGUUCAGAGGAGAUCAGCGGCCAAGAAACAGAAGGGCCCUCAACCCAGUAGGUUGGCGCAGGAGUUGCGCAACUACCAGGCAGAGAGGAAGAGGCAUUCGAUGGACGUAUAUGUCCAGAUCACAGGCCUGGACUCAGGGAGGACGCGUGGGGUCAAGGCACUGCUCGACAGUGGUUGCAGUACCUGUUGCAUUGACACUGACUACACACGGGCAGAAAGAUUGGAUAUCCAGGAACUCCCCCAACCCAUCAUGGCCCGUAACGCCAACAACACCAAGAACGCCAGUGGCCGGAUCACACACUAUGUCGAUUUGAGGAUGAGAAUUGGCCCUCACAAGGAAACACCCCCGUUCCUCCUGACAUGCCUGGGUAAAGCGCGGAUCUUUAUCGGCCUUGAUUGGUUGAUGGAGCAUAACCCCGAGGUGGACUGGCGGGAGCAGACAAUGAAAUUUAGCCAAUGCCCGGAACGUUGA